GUUAAAUUCCGGCGGGCCGGGCCGGGCCGGGACCACCGGCGCCGCACCUGCUGCUCUCGCCAUGGCCACCGACACCGAGCCCGGCCGCCGCCGCCGCUGCUGCGCGCAGGACACGCCCGAUGCUCCCAAGGUCCCGGAUUCGCGCGGUGGCGGCGACGCGCCCCGGCGGGGCUCCCUCUGCGACCGGCACUGCGCUGCCAUCAACAACGUGCAGGGCGACCUGGGAGACCUGGGCUGCCACCUGCACCGGCCCCGUGUCCCCCUAGCCACGUCCACCCCGUCCUGCUGCCAGCAGCACUCGGAGGAGGUGUGCGAGAGCUGCGUGGUGAAAACCACCCUGACGGCCGAGAACGCCGUGGAGGCCAACAAGCUCUCCAACAACUACAAGUUUGGUUUCAAGAAAUGGAAGAGCCACGUGACGGAGCGGCCCUGGGAGGACCGAUCGGAGAUUGUCAAGGAGCUCUACUCCGACCUCAACGUCAUCCGAGGCUCUGGAGGUUGGGUGGCCUUGGGGACACCCCAGUGUGGAUUUGGGCAGCUGCAGGUGACAAUGGUCCCACCUGGUGCCUUCCCUCCUGCAGGGUCCACACUGACAUGUGGGAAUGUCCUUUACCUGCUGCUCUUUGGCUGGUGGCUCUCGCUCCUCUACGUCCUCGUGGCUGCCAUGAUGUUCAUCACCAUCGUGGGGGCUCCCUAUGGGAGACUCUGCUGGGACCUGGCCGGGUAUUUCCUCUGGCCCUUUGGCAAAGUGAUCCAGAAAGUGGAGGUCCCCAAAUCCCAUCAGGGGUGUGAGGUCGGCGCGGGGGAGAGCUCAGCCCUGCUCGGGGGUCCCACAGCGCUCCGCUGGCGCCCACGGUGCUGGGAGGGCACCGGAUACUGGCACCACGCCAGCACUGCCGUGUGGCUGUGCCUGGGCUGCCCGGUGCUGCUGCUGGCCCACGGGCUCGUGUGUGUCACCGCAUGGCUCCUCAUCAUCCUCAUCCCCGUGGCCAAGCUGAGCGCCCGCGCCGCCUCCCGCGUCCUGCCGCUGCCCCCGCAGCGGGUGCUCAUCCGGCGCCUGAGGACGACUGAGGUGCCUCUGGAGGGAGAGGUGAUUCUCUGCUGCUACCGCGCCGCCAAUCCCUACUACUACAAGUACGCCGUGGACGGCAUCAACGUCUUUGCUGUCAACCUGCUGCCACUGGUGCUGGUGACACUGGUGCUGGGCUACGUGGACAGCCCCAACCACCUGACCGGCUCCGCCAUCAAGUUCACCUUGGCCCUGCUCUCCAUCAUGCCCCUCUCCUACUACAUCGGCAUGGCCAUCGCCAGCAUCUCAGCCCAGAGCAAUUUUGCGGUGGGAGCUGUGGUGAACGCCACGUUCGGCUCCAUCACCGAGCUCACCUUCUACAUCACCGCCCUCAUCAAGGGCUCGCGGGAGGGCAACCGCUGCUACGCCGAGGUGGUCAAGUCGGCGUUGACGGGGACACUGGUGGGCUGUGUCCUCUUUGUGCCGGGUCUGUGCAUGGUGAUCGGGGGCAUCCGGCACCAGGAGCAGCGCUUCAACAGCCGCUCUGCGGGCGUCAGCUCGGCCCUGCUCUUCCUCUCCGUGGGAGGUGUCUUUGCCCCAACGCUCUUCUCCAAGGUGUACGGGAAGCUGGUCUGCGGCGAGUGCCACAACGUCACCCAGAACCCACUGGGCCACUACCUCUGCCACAACUGUCACUUUGACCUGAUGGACAACAACGGCACCCUCUACUACAGCCACGUCCAACCCCUGGUGUACACGGUGUCCAUCCUGCUCCCUGCUGCCUACCUCAUCGGGCUCUUCUUCACCCUCAAAACCCACUCGCACAUCUACGACAUCCACAUCAGCGACUGUCACAUGCCUGGCCACCACCACAGCGCCGUGGUCCACUGGUCCCGCUGGCGGGCCCUGGUCAUCCUCCUGCUCGCCACCCUCUGCAUGUCGGCCUGCGCUGACCUGGCCACGGAGCACAUCAGCCCCAUCCUCACCAACUCCACCAUCUCACAGUACUUCAUCGGUGUCACCGUGCUGGCAAUGGUGCCCGAGCUGCCAGAGAUUGUCAAUGGCAUCCAGUUCGCCCUGCAGAACAAUCUGAGCUUGAGCAUCGAGAUUGGGAACUGCAUCGCGGUGCAGGUCUGCAUGCUCCAGAUCCCCAUCCUGGUGCUCUUCACCAUCUUCUACCCGACCAACUUCACGCUUGUCUUCAGCGACCUCCACGUCUACGCCAGCAUGUUCAGCGUGGUGCUCAUGAACUACAUCUUCAUGGAUGGCAAAUGUGACUAUUUCCAAGGCACCGUGCUGGUGAUGGUUUACUUCAUCCUCCUGGCCGUGUAUUUCUUCGCCCCGUCACCCAGCGGCUGCUGAGGUUUGGAUUCUCCGUUCUCCAGCCCCCUCGUUGGGAUCAGCACCCAUCGAGACCUUUUCCAGUUUCUCAGGGACUCGGCCGGGCUGGCUCCGGUCUGGAAGAGCCGUUUCCUGAAGCUCCUGCUGCUGCUGGGCUCCCCCCGUGGGGCUUCAGCGAUGGGAAGGGUGGUGGCCAUGGCAUCGCUCCUGAAACGAGGAACCUCAAAGCCAGAGCACCUCACACGGGCACCUCCAGCCCACGCUCGAGUGGCUGAAGGAGAACUGUCCUUAGAGAAGGGUCUUGAAGGGGAUUUCUGUGUGUCUCAAGGACAGACCCCUCCCUGGGGAUGUGCUGCACUGGGAGGAGGUGCCUGAGAAGUCCCUCAUCCUUCCAGGCCUGGGAGGGGCCUGGGAAUCGCACACGGGAUGUUUGAUGGCACCAGAAAUGCACCCAAAGGUAUUUUCAGCUGUUUCGUCAUUAAAGCAGUUUUGUACAAAUCAGA